UAACAACCAUGCCUGACCCAGUGAAAGCACCGAAGAAGGGUUCCAAGAAAGCCGUGUCAAAGAGCGUCACCAAGACCGGCAAGAAGAAGAGAAAGACCAGGAAGGAGAGCUAUGCUAUCUAUGUGUACAAGGUCCUGAAGCAGGUUCACCCUGACACUGGUAUUUCCUCCAAGGCCAUGAGCAUCAUGAAUUCUUUCGUGAGCGACAUCUUCGAGCGCAUCGCCGGUGAAGCUUCUCGCCUGGCUCACUACAACAAGCGCUCCACCAUCACCUCCAGGGAGAUCCAGACCGCUGUCCGUCUCCUGCUGCCCGGUGAGCUGGCCAAGCACGCCGUGUCCGAGGGAACCAAGGCCGUGACCAAGUACACCAGCUCCAAAUAAACUCUGUUUGCUUUCAACCAGACAAAGGCCCUUUUCAGGGCCACCCACUGUUUCAUCAAAGAGCUGUAUUCCGUUUUAUAAUUUUAUUUUUUCUUAUGCUCCAAUGCAACUACAAGGCAAUGCUUUCAGUGUAAGUAAUACUUUUUAAAACCGUUUCACUUAAUACUUUUUGGGUUGAAUUCUUAAGGUUUAUC